AUGUAUCUCGCCAGAAUCCUUCGGGUCAUCAUCUUGUUUGAGCUUGUGAGACUUGGGGUGACAAUCAAGGCCUCGGAUGGAGACGACGUCCAAUGCGUCGACAGUAUUAUUCAACCGGCAUUCAACAAUACAUUGUUAAAAAACCACAGAUUCCAGGAAUCGCCGUCAGAAAUUCCCCGGACAGUCGAGACAGGAAAGAGAAACAAUUUGCAAUCGUGGGAAGCCCAAGUUAGUACGGCCAAUUGUCCGGCGGGAACAGUACCGAUACGGAUCUACAAUGAUAGCCGCCUGAACGUUGGGACAGCAUCUCACACGGCGACUCACGCACCUGUACACGAGUAUGCCGUCAUUAGAGAAACCCCACGAGACUACCUAUAUGGAGCGAAGGCGACGAUUAACGUGUGGGAUCCUGAGAUUGAGGGAGAUGAAAUGUCCAUAGCUCAGAUGUGGAUUGCUGCCGGGAAAUACGAGACGGGUAAUCUUAACACGAUAGAAGUCGGUUGCCAGGUUCUUCCCAGGAUGUAUCUCGACAACAAGCCGAGACUAUUUGUCUUUUGGACGAGUGAUUCCUACAAACAUGGCUGCUAUAACCUUAAGUGCUCUGGUUUUAUACAAACCAGUAGCAGUAUUGUCAUUGGAGGUUCGAUUACUCCUGUUUCUUCUUUUGGAGGUAGCCAGUAUGAGAUUACCAUCCUCGUAUGGAGGGAUCGCAUAUCUGGGAACUGGUGGUUGAGCUUAGGUUCGAACAGCUCUGUGAUAGGAUACUGGCCGGGAGAACUUUUUACGACUUUAGCUGAUCACGCGGUCGUCGCAGAAUGGGGCGGAGAAAUCUUAAACUCGGCAAGUCACGGGCAACACACGAAGACUCAGAUGGGGUCCGGCCACUUUCCGGCCGAAGGAUUCAGAAACAGUAGCUAUUUCAGGAACAUUGAGAUGGUAGAUAAGAACAACAGUCUCCAGACGGUUCAAGACUACGAAAAACUGGUAACGCAGCCUGAAUGCUACGAUAUCAAGACGGCCUACACAGAUGAGUGGAAGAGUCACUUCUACUACGGAGGACCAGGGUUUAGGUCAGGUGCCGUUACUAGGGUAGUAGAUACUAGGUUAUGGAGAAUAAACCUGGAUUAUCACUGCUUGUCAAGAAUUACGGACAAUGAAUACGACGGCGCAGGAAUGGCGGCUGUUGCCGGACCAUCAGGUUUUACGGAUCUGAAAUGUGGCGGAACGACCGAACAAAGAAGACUCAAUCGGAAGAAUAGACGGUGCUUAAUGGAGCUUUUGGAGCCAUUUGGGAGAAGGAGUGUCGGAGACGUCAAGACAAAGAGCAACCGGGAUGCGAACCAGGAUCAGAACCCGUUUGUCGCCUUACAAGCUUUCUUUGACCAAGAAGAGAGUUGA